GCAAGGACGGCUUCCACGCCGUACCGACGCCCCCGCCCCUCCAUCUCCAUCAGCCUUACCAUCUCCACCACCCUUAUCACCCGUACCAUCCGUACCCGUACUCGUACAUGCACGCCCACUUCGGCCUCGGCCUCGGCCUCCGGCACGCCUGGUGGGCGUGGACCUCCAAAUCCAAGACCAAAGACGACGCGAGCGAGGACCGCGCCUUCGGGUGGUGGUGGCGCCCGGACCGCAAGGCGGAGGACGGGUCCUCGUGGGCGCGCCAUUCGGAUCGGUCGAACGCGUCUACGUCGUCGUCGUCGUGCUCGCGGCACGGCCCGGCGUGGUGGAACGAGCUCGUGAAACGGCGGCACAUGGACGCGUCCUCCUCCUCCUCCUCACGCGUCGCGCCGUGGUGGCACACCCAUGGCGACGCGUCCUCCGCCUCCCCGUCGCCUCCGGCGUGGUGGGCGCAGCGGCAGCAACGUCGGGACGCGUCGUCGGGCGCUCCCGCAUCGUCGUGGUGGGCGCACUGGCAACGACACCGCGACGCGUCCUCGGCUUCAUCUUCGACCUCGCAUGCCAAGGAUCCAUCCUGGACCGAGCUAUGGCAGCAACGCCGCGCCGUAUCCGCGCGCGCUCAAGCCGCGCCCGCCCGCGGCGCGCUGUGGUCGUCCGCCGUGAGGUGGUGGCGCGCGCUGCACUCCGCGGACGGCACGUGGUGGGCAGAACCUGCACCCUCCGCGCCUCCUCCCCCUCCUCCUCCUUCUUGGUCGUGGUGGAAAGCCUCGAAUAUCGACUCACAACGACGACAACAACAAGACGCUCGCGCCCAGAACGCCGCUCAAGCCCACACCACCUCCGCCUCGACCGCGGCCCCGUCCCCGCCGUCGUCGCCGGGCUGGGCGUGGUGGUCCGCAUCGCGCUCGCGCGACCCGUCCUACUCGCCCGAACGGGCCUCGACGAACGCCGCGAACCGGGCGCAACACGCCGAGCGCGUAACAGCGAAUUCUGCCUCGGCCUCUUCCGCGGUCCCGUUCUUCGCGCCCUCCGCCAGCGCCGCGUCUCUGUUACCGUCCUCUGCUGGCGCGGCUCCUUCGGCCUCCGCUUCGUCCUUCCUUUCUUCCUCGUCCGCCACGGCGUCCUCGACCUCGGCAGCCUCGUCCUCUCUUUUUUCCGCUGUAUCGUCAUCCGCUACCGCCGAGCCGUGCGCGAACGCGAGCGCCUACGCCGACGUACCGUCUCCGCUCUCCGGCGCCUCCACCGACGCUCCCUUCCCCCUUUCUGGCACCACAACCGCAACCGCCGAAUCUAAACCCCCCGCCGUCGCCGCCUCGACGACACCCGCCUCGACGUCCGACCUCCUCGCCGCGCUCCUCUCCAAAGACCUCGAAUCCCUCCGCUGGGAAGACCUCGCGAAGCUCAAGUCGUUCGCCACCGCCACCGAUACCACCAACGGCACCCGCAUCGAACGCGAGAGCGAACGCAAGGCGACGCGCGGGCCGAGCCUGAUACGCUCCCCGAUCCAGCGCGUCUUCCUCCUCACCGCGACGCACCAGCUCGGGCUGAUGCUCACCGUCGGCCUGCUGCCCGGCCUCGCGCUCGCGUUCAUCUGCGACGUCGAUCUGCUCCAGUUCGUGUGGUGCCUCGGGUUCGGGCCGGGCUGCGGCGGUGUUUGAAAAUUGAAGGGGGGGCGUCGUACGUCGUUUUCGGGUCGGUCGAGGUGGGACGAAAAAAAGGGGUGGAAGCGGUGGUGAAAUACUGACUUUGUCUGAUUUGUCUGCUCUGUCUCUGUCUCUGUCUCUUUUCUCUUUCUCUCUGUCUUCCAUCUUUCCUCUGAUAUAUAGUCUCCUUGUGUAUGCACGGCUACGCUGAUAUAUGCCGAUCGGCAUUACCGACUGUCUCUAGUCUCAUAAAACC